AUGGCUUUAGGUGGUCACCUUAUUCGACACCUCGGUGCAUUCUUUUCGCACAGGACAACCCUUCUCUUACGUCCUGUGACUCAGAGUUGUAAUACGUUUUGUGUACCAAUUAGAUUGAGUUCACAUGCCAUUUCCUUAAGCCAAAAAACACUGCUGAACUCCAAAAGUGUUACAGACGACUCGCAGCCGGAGCCACCCUCUGAAGCAGACAAAAUAAUUACUUCAGAUGUUUUUUUAAAAGUAAAUCAACAAAUAGAAAGCAAAAGUCAUGGACGAUUGUUUGCAGUUAUCCAUCUUUGUGGAAAACAGUUUAAAGUGACAACUGAAGAUAUUGUAGUGGUGGAAGGAUAUUGGCCACCAAAUAUAGGUGAUAAAUUAAAUUUAAAGAAAAUACUUCUUGUUGGAGGAUCAGACUUCACAUUGAUUGGACGACCAUUACUACCUCAUGGACUUGCAAGUGUAGAAGCUACUGUUGUAGAGAAGAGCAUGUCUCAUACUAAGACAAGAUUUCGUAAGAAAAGGCGAAAACAGUAUAUGAGAAUUAAUUUUCAGCGUAUAGAAUAUACUAUGCUGAGAAUUAAUUCCAUUGAAAUCUCAGAAAAUGUAAAUACCAAAAAAGAUGUUGAAGGCUUAGAGGAUACCAUAUUUUGA